AUGGAAAUAGAAGAAAGCAUAAAAACCAAUCCUAAGUGUUACAAAUGUCACCUGCGGUUAAUGGGAGCAUUAAAUAUUGAAUAUAAUACAUCAAGCUCAACGUUUAUUUUGUGGAAUAAAUAUGAGAUAUUUGUUUAUGAGAAUCUUACUUUUGGAAGUGCAUGUAAAGUGUUUGUACCGGAAUUUCAAAUUUAUCAUUUGAUUUCAUCUAAUAAUUUCAUUGUUUGCUUAGAUUAUACUGGUAAUGUGCACACGAUAUCUAUGAAAUUUAAACAUACAACACAAAAAUAUGUUAAAGCUAAUUUUUUACCUCGAGAACAAUUAGUUUUGAUUUGUGUACCUUACACUGCUGAUAAAGUAUUAUGUUUAAAACUGGAACAGAAUAUUUACUACUUGUGUAUUCACAAUUUUAAUUCGGAAUUCGAACUGGUAAAAAAAGUCAAAAUUGUAUCCAAUGUUGAAUUCUCCCAAUAUGAUAUGAAACUCCAAAAAUUAUGUAUUUUAAAGUGCCACAAAAUACCACUACAUCAGUUGGAAAACGUAAUUCAACUAUUUAAUAUAAAUAAAAAUAUUUGGAAAGAUUAUUCAUUAAUUAUUAUUAGUUUCGAUAGAAGAAAUUUGUUCGGAUGUUUAUAUUCAUCAAAAAUGACAGAAGAUGAAAUAUCAUUAAUAAAACUAUACACAACUCCUUCAGAAAUCUGUGAUAUAAAAAUAACUGAAGAAAAUCAAUUAUUACAGAUUAUAAUUGGUUUAAUAGCUGGUACUUUGAUUAGAUUAACUGUUGGCAGUAGUUGUAAAGCUACAGAUAUAGUUCAUUUAAAUGCAGCUAUAUCAAAAUGUGCAGCAUUUAAUGACACUAUUAUAUAUACAGAUGGAGUUUCUAUGUGGAAGUCUGAGAAUACAUUUGUGGCUGAUAUAAAAUUUCAACAAUUAGUUGUGUGGCAAGUAAAAGAUUUUGUGCGUUUUGGUGAUCAGAUACUUUGUACUACAUUUACAAAUUUAAUUUAUUUAUUGAUGCUUGAUGAUGAGACUUCAUAUUUAAAAACAUCUGUAAAUGAAUAUUGCGAAGCUGGAAAUGUUUUAGAUAAUUCUGGAUAUUUGUACAAAAUCUUAGAGGAAGUUGAUAGAAAUGACAAACUUGCAAAGAAAAUUAAGGAAGAAAGCAAUUAUAUAACAGCAUUAUCCUUAUCAAAUCGUCCUGAUAUAUUGGAUAAGGUUAUAGGGUAUUCUGUGGUUGUUUAUGAAAAAUAUGAAGAAGUACUUAAGGAAGGUGUAGAGUUAACUUUGACAGAGAAUAUCAAUGAAUACUUUGUGAAUAAUUUGUUUUAUUUUUUAAUAAAAAUCAAUGUUUCAUUUGAAAAACAAAAAAUAAGUGAUGUUUUACUACAAGUAUUAAAGGAUUUAAUGAUUCAUGUGACAAUGUUGUCUGGACAAAAAGUAAUUAAAACAACAAGUAUAAAGGUGUUGGAUGAACUAAAAAACUUUAAUAUACUUGUUCCAUUAAGUAGUAGAAUCAUAAAUUCGACUGUGGAUGUAAAUAUUAAGAUUGUAAAAAGAAUACCAGGAGCAUUUGCCGAGGAACAAGUAUUAUGGACAAUUAUGCAUCAAAAACAAAUAUCUCUUAAUUCUGAGCAUUUCAUAAAAUCAAAAGUUAUUACAAAAAAUAUAAUUUUUUUGAAAGAACCAGAAUAUUCUGUUGAAGAUACAAUUCAUCAUGUUUCAUACAAUCACAAUAAGCAUUUGUUUAAAUUUACUGAUAUAUCAAAUUUAAGACAAUUAGAUGAGUGGUCUUUCUACAUGAAACUGCCAAAGAAUUAUGAAGAAGCAUUUAAAAAUGAAACUUUCUAUAAACAGAAGUUUAGUUAUAAUAAAGCAACACAAUUAUUACAAGAAAACACAUCGGAAGAAUUUAUCAAAGGAUUAAACAACAUUAGUUUUGAAACAGGAAACAAUAAAGUAAAAAUUGAAGUCAUCAAUGAUGGAUUCUUAAGCACCUCACUUAAAAUUACUAGCAAAGAUAUGAAAAUAGGCUUAGACUUAAGAAAUUUCUACAGUGAUCUGACUUAUAACAAUUUCAAAGAAUAUAGACCUGGCAAAGAGUUUGUCAGAUAUACUUUAUAUACUACAGUUGAAAAUUUCCAGAAAGCAGUAAAACAGAGCAUUACUGAAGGCUUUAAAAAUGAAAGAUUGAAAGUCCUAUUAGAACAGUUUCAAAGAGAUGUAUUCUGUGCUUUGCCUUUAUGA